UUGGCUGUGGUGGCUGUGCUUUAAAAUUAAAUUAAUAUAAUCUUAAUUUAAGUGAUGAACAAUUUUGUAAUUCGGACAGUAAUCAGUGUUGAAUAGUACUGUAAGGUAAACCCUGUCUGGUUUAAAUGUUUGGAAAUAAUUAACAGUUGAAAACAUUUGUUAGUAGUAGUCAAUGUAAAUGAAAAUGUGGUCAAAAAUUAAUCAAAUGUAACCAGUUACAUUACUUUAAUAAAGUAACUGAAAUAGUUACACUACUUAUUACAUUUUAAAUAGAGUAACUUGUAAUCUGUAACCUAUUACAUUUCCAAAGUAACCUUCCCAACACUGGCUGACACUAUUUUGUGAACUUUGUACUGUAUUGCAAUUGAAACACCUCUAGUGUAAAAUAAAAUCUGUUUAACUUUGUAGAAGAUUGGCUGAAAAUACAUUAAAAUUUAAAGCUGUCUUCUGUGGAAAAUAAAUAUAUAAAUCAACACUUGGUGUGAAACCAGUAGACCUGGCAACCCUGGCACACCUUAACCUUGUACCUACACUAUAAAGGGGAGGGAACAUAUAUUUGAACAUCUUUUGCUGUGAAUGCAAUACGUUGAACCAGCCAUGCACACUGUAAUCACAAUACUGUUCAUUACAUUUGCAGCUCUUUUUGCUGCUUUUUGUUUAUUGGUAUUUGUCCCAGUGUACUUAGAGCUAAGAAAUGUAAAUAUUCCUGCUGGAGUUGCUAAUCCUUGGAAACUACGCGUGACUCAUUGUGUGUAUGUGGGGAUAAGCGUUGUGGGUCAAAUUCUGGGGCGAUUAGGGCUGUGCCAUCAGAUGAAUUUUAUACGAAGGUUCAGAUGUUGUAUCAUGGCCUGCAAAAGGCCAGUGCCCCCUGGGCUUCGUAUUAAGGACUUGACCUUCAGUGGAGUUCCAGUGAGGGUGUAUGAGCCUACUGCUGCCUCAGGAGAGAAGAAAAGGGGCCUGGUGUACUUUCAUGGUGGCGGAUGGGUGUUUGGCUGCAUUGAUGAUUAUGAUGAAGUGUGUCGGUAUAUUUCACUGGAGAGUGACACCACAGUUGUAUCUGUUGAUUACCGUCUGGCCCCUGAGCACAGGUACCCUGCACACCUAGAUGACUGUGAGGUCGUGACUCGCCACUUCCUGUCAAUAGCAGCAACCGAUUUCGGGGUGGACCCACGCAGGGUGGCAGUUGGUGGGGACAGUGCAGGGGCGAACCUGGCAGCCGCUCUCUGCCAGAGGCUGUCGAAGACACAGGAUGGUCAUCUGCCAUCUCCCUGUGCCCAGGUUCUCAUCUACCCGGCACUACAGAUGGCAGAUUUCCACCUGCCCUCAUACCAGCAGAACCACUCUGUGCCCAUAUUGUUCAGAGGCCGAGUGGUGUUCUAUUUCCUGCAGUACCUCAACGGGAAUACGUCUGUGAGCCAACAGAUUCUGGAAGGCAAGCAUGUUCCUGUCGAGCUAAAACUUCGCUACAAGAAAUGGCUUGAUCCAGAAAAUCUUCCACCUCAGUUUAGAAAGGGAGUAAGAAGUCCGCAGGUUAUCACAAGCCAUGAUGCUGAAGUCUAUCACAUCAUCAAAAGGGGGCUGGAUCCAGAGAUCUCCCCUUUACUAGCCGAUGAUGAUAUUCUUCGCCUCGCGCCUCCCACCUUCAUCCUGACCUGUGAGUUUGAUGUGCUGAGGGAUGAUGGCAUUCUCUUCCUUAAGCGACUGAAGGAUGUAGGAGUGGAAGUCACAUGGGAACAUCUAUCUGAUGGCUUCCAUGGAGUCAUCAGUUUCUUCAACCAGGGCAGGUUGACAUUUCAGUCUUGUCAAAAGGGUAUGGACAGCAUUGUACGAUAUGUAAAGACUCUCUGACUGAGAAGUCGAAAAGAUUUGGCAGAAAGAUUCAGAAUGUGCCCUGUUAGUGUUUUUUUUUUUUUUUUUGUGAAAAAAAAUGGGAAUGAACAAAAAUGCUCCAUAGAAAAAUUUUAAAAGUAACAAACCAAUAAAGAAGAGUUAUAGGGUUGUUAAACUUUCAAGCACACACACACACACACACACGUAUACAUUCAGUGCCUUGCAAAAGUAUUCAUACCCCUUCAUUUUUUAAUGUUGCUGCCUUAUGUUAAACUGCUUUAAAUUACUCCCCCCCCCACACAUCAAUCUACACUCCAUACACCAUAUUGACAAAGCAAAAACAGAAUUGUCACAACUUCGUGAAUUUAUUAAAAAUAAAAAAACUGAAAUACGUACAUUGCAUAAGUAUCCAUACCCUUAACUAAAUGCGACAAGCUUUUCUCAUCAGCAUUUGGCAAUUAUCUGCCAUUCUUCUCCUCACCUCUCAAGCUCUGUCAGGUUGGAUGGGGGCAGAUGCACAUUUUCAGGUUUCUUCAGAAAUAUUUUAUUGGGUUCAAGCUCAGGCUGUGGCUAGAGUGACCAUCAGCUUCUUGUUCACCACUCUAACCAAAGCCCUUCUCCAUCAAUUAAUCAGUUUGGCCAGGAGGCCAGCUCUAGCAAAAGUCCUGGUUGUUUCAAACUUCUUCCAUUAAGAGUAACGGAGACUACAUGCUUCUGUGACCCUUCAAUGAAGCAGAAUUUUUUUCUGAACUCUUUCACAGAUGUGUGGCUUGACGCAAACCUGUUUCUGAGCUCUACAGGCAGUUAUUUUGACCUCAGGGCUUGGUUUUUGCUCUGAUAUGCAUUAUCAGCUGUUAGACCUUUUAUUAAGACGUGUGUGCCUUUCCAAAUCAUGUCCAUUCAAUUGAAUUUGCAACAGGUUAACUUCACUCGAAAUGUAGUAACAUCUACAAGCAAUAUGAAUGCUCCUGAGCUAAAUUUCAACUGACCCAGAUAAGGGUAUGAGUACUUAUGCAACGGAAAAAUUUAAGUUUUUUUUAUUUUUAAUAAAUUUGCAAAGAUGUUAAAAAACAUUUUUUUGCUUUACCGUUAUGGUGUAUGGAGUGUAGAUUGGUGUGGAAAAUAAGUAAUUGAAAGCAGUUUAACAUAAGGCAGCAACAUAACAAAACUGGGGGGGGUUAUUAUUGAAGGGGUAUGAAUACUUUUGCAAGGCGCUGUACAUACAUACACACACACAGUGGUGCUUGAAAGUUUGAACCCUUUAGAAUUUUCUAUAUUUCUACAUAUAUAUAUGACCCAAAAUUAAUCGGAUUUUAAAGCAAAUUCCGAAAGUUUGACAAAUAAAAACCCGAUCAAACAAUUGAGACAAAAAUAUAUACUUUGUCAUUUAUUUUUUAUGGAAAAUGAUACAAUAUUACAAAUCAGUGAGUGACCAAAGUAUGUGAACUGCUAAGAUCUGCAGUUAAUUUGAAGGCGAAGUUAGAGUCCAUCUGCUCAGAGGUAUUUUCUAUCAACAGGAUGUCUAUCAGGUGUCAGUGCAUGAUAUGUGUUAUUUAAAAACAGGGAUAUAUCAAAGUCCGAUCAUGUUUGUGGAAUUGUAUCAUGGCACGGACAAAGGAGAUCUCUGAGGUCCUCAGAAAAAGAGUUGUUGUUGCUCAUCAGGCAUGAUGGGAAACGACUGACUGACCACACAGCUUAAUGCUCAUUGGUUCAGACAAACUGUGAUGCUGCGUUCUCUUCUAAAAUGUUUUAUUUUUUAUCUGAUUUCAUGUGAUUAUGUAUCUAAAUUAUGCAUGAAUAUUUCCAAACACUAUGUAAGUGCGAUCUCUGUGUGAGAUAUGCACUGUAAAAUAUCCAAUUAAUAAAAUGUUGGAAGGGCAAAAAUAUUUAAGUUGAGCUAAUUUUAUUGCUUGGGCUUAGUUGAGAAGACAUAUUAUAUUAAGUCUACACACAUAUAUUUUAAGGGUCAUUCUUCAAUUGGGGUGGCAAAUGAGAGGCAGAAUUUGUAAAAAUGCUUGUUUUUUUUCUAAUAAAAUAUAUUGCUAUGCAUUUAAAAUUAGUUUAAUAUGCUAUAUCCACUAAAAUGAAAGCUUAAGAACAUUUACAUUUUUAAAUAAUUUCAAUCAAACACUGGUGACACAGCCACUUAUGUCUGUCAUUUUGAAAUAACAUUUAUAUAGACUUUAUAUUGCAAGUUACUAUAGGCUCUGUGGUGUUACCAGAAAAGACAGUAACACCACAGACAAAUCAGCCUAAAUUCAGACUUUUCUAAAAUGGAGGCUGCCAUCAUGAUGAUUUCAAGAUUGGGGGACAUUUUGGAAAUAUAAGUAUGUAUUUAUCAAAAUUUUGAUUAAAAUAUGUCAGAUCUGCAUGUUAUCAACAUAAAGUGUGACACGAAAUUAUCAGAAAUGUAGCUAACUUUAAGAAAAUUAAUAAGAAAGACUGUAGUCCCCAUGCAUGCACCCCUCAGAUCAACCAGCACCUGCAGUGACAUUUACACACAGGAAGUAGUCCAAAUAGCAUUCCCCCUUUGCUUAAAGGGGCGACAUCCAUUGUUGUAACACCACAGACAUGAAUUUGGGGGACACAACUUUUUUUCUACAAAAUAUGUAUUUUUUAAAACAAUUUAAUAAAAUUGUACAUGUUAAA